AUGUCCAAGCCAAUCGCCAUUAUCGCUGGGGCGGGUCCCGGAACAGGUAGCGCUGUUGCACGCCGCUUUGCCAAAUUCUACCCCGUUGUUCUACUUGCUCGAUCACAAGGGUCUCUUGAUCCUUUAAUUAAGGAAAUAACACAGAAUGGAGGGUCAGCGACGGGAUUUCCCACUGAUGUUACGAAUCCUUCUUCGAUGGAUUCGACAAUCGACCAAAUCAAAGCCAAGUUUGGAAGCGAUAUCACGGUCGCCGCAGCUAUCUACAAUGUAGCGAGCAAAUUCCUGAUGAAACCUUUCUUGGAGCAAUCUCCAGACGAAUUCUUCGGGAGCUUGGAGUCAUCAAAUAGGGGCGCAUUCAAUUUUGCCCAAACCACUCUCCCCUUGAUGCUGAAAGGGGAGGGUAAGGGAGCUUACCCACCCACCCUCAUAUUCACCGGUGCCACGGCUGCACUAAAAGGUGGUUCGGGUCUCUCGGCAUUUGCCAUGAGCAAGUUCGGAACUCGCGCCUUGUCCCAAUCUCUUGCACGUGAAUUUGGUCCAAAGGGGGUCCAUGUUUCGCACGCCAUCAUAGACGGUAUCAUCAACACGGAAAAGACCAAGGGUUACGGUCAGGAUAUUCCAGAUGCUAAAAUUGACCCUGAUGGUAUUGCGGAAUCUUACUGGUUCUUACACACCCAGCCCAAGAGUGCAUUCACCCAGGAGAUCGACCUCAGACCCUACAUAGAGAAAUGGUGA